AUGUAACUACGGUUCCAGGAUAUCCGCUUAAAGCAAGCAGCAACUCGUGGAUCAUCGUUACAGGCAGCCUUCAGUCCAACAGACAGAUCAUCACUACGCGCUUCUUAAACAACACAACAUCCAUUAGCUUCUAGCAUAAACAACGUCGCGUUGUAGUGACGCAGGCGCAUUGGAUUGACGUCCACGGAAGUGGCUUUGCAUAGCCUGAUAUUUUGUUGAUGUUGCUGCUAGCUAAUGUUACCUGGUUAUGUAGAAACGGUGAAAGGAACCUUUUAAAGUGAUGGCAGAGAGGAGUGGAGAUGAUGUCGUGUCUGAGUUCCUUCAGCAAAACCCUCACCUGGCACACUGGGUGGAAUCCCUAAGAGAGCUUUCUGAGACAAAUAAGCACUGGCACGCCAGGCGAGAGUUUGUUCUGCGCAAUAUGGAGACCUUUCCUACCGUCCAACCAGGGGUUAGAACUCCCAGUCUGGACAGGCUUCUUUCUCUGUCCAAGGUUUGGGCCAACCAAACGUUCUUAGGCUGUCGCUAUCCCCAACCUGUGAUGGACAAGGUGAAAGAGAUGGCAGAAGGGAUGGGUGUGAGCAAAAGUCCUGUUCAAAAGACUAAAGAUGAGAUCGUAGGAAAAGGAAAGAGACCGUCUGUUUCAGCCACGGAUGCUGAGAGCUGUGUUAAGAAAAACAAAACAGUUCCUAACGACUCUGACAUUAAAGGCGGAGAACGCAAUACUGUCUAUCCGAACGCUGCUGCUGUCAAAUCAGGUCCCCUGCCCGAUGCCCCUGCAGAACAUCAGCCCUUCUUUAAUCGUCUUUAUAAAACUGUGGCCUGGAAACUGGUGUCUGCAGGAGGCUUUGGACCCAACCUGGAUCACUUUGAGAUCUUGCGCACCUGUGUGGAGUCAUGCAAGGCCAGCCUUAGUUGUGUAUUUGUGCCUCUCAAAGACAUUCCUGACCUGCCUGCCGGCUGCACCCAAAGAGAGGGCCAGGUGUGUGAACUGCGUUGCCACACAGUCUACAUGGGUACAGGAUACGGUCGUGAUGAAUGUGCAGCGAGGGCCAUGGCCUCGAAAGAGGCCCUUAAAAUUUUUCAGGGGCGGAAGGUGACGGUGAAGACCUCCCGUCGCAGGUUCCGUGGUCGAGAUCUAGAGGAUUUGGUCCUGUUAGACGAACAGCCGAGAAGCUCAGUUUUGCCUCCUGCUCUUAGCUAUCCUUUUUAAGUCAUUUGAGCAAAUCUUUGCCCCUUUGUGCCCUAAAACAACUUCUCAUUUUGUUUGUUACUGGCAUUUCAGUUGCUGUUAUAAGGUCAUGUUGACGACGGAAGGUGCAGGGUUGUAGUGAUCAAAGUACACACACGUUUUUAUUGCUGUGCAUUUAAAACUGAUCAGAAUUUUUUGACACAACAGUUCAGAGUGCAAGCAUCAGUGUGUAGGAUUGUUUAGAGUCUGAGCCUCACUUUUGUGCAGCAGUCUAUUGGUAGUAAUUUAAAAUUUUAUGCUAACUUGACUAUGUUUUCGGCUGUAUAUAAGCUAACGUUGAAUUAAUAAGCAAACUGCACUUGACCUCUUUACAUUCUAAAAUCCUUCACAUUUCGGUGGCUUAUGAUAUGUAAUCCAAUCAUUUAUAAAAAGUUAUAAGGUUUAUCCCAAUCAUUGAAGUCCUAAUAUGUUCCUAUAAAACCUAUUGAGUUUGUCAUGUCCUUUAUGGAAGUGUUUAAGGUUUGAAUGGAUUAAGCCUGAAUCUGGGUUUUUUAGUGCAACUUGUACUGUACCUUUGAAUUUUUACCUUGACAUUAAUAUCAUUUCCUAGUUCCAGGUUUUUUGUUACCGGAGCAUUGACUGAAUAUUUUUGAAAAAUUUUACUUUUCCCUGUUUUGACAGCAGAUAAAACAGUCAAAAUGACAUGCUGAAAUCAAAGCCCAUGAGUUCUGGAUGUUAUUGAGUAACUAUCCUAUGUUUCACAAAAUGUGGUGUUCUACAUUGGUUUAGUUUCUCUUACUUAAAUUUACAAGUAAAAAAAUACUCUGAGAGAUUUUUGGUAAUGAUACUGAAGAAAUGUGACUCUUUAAUGCAUAAAUUGUUUUUACUCAGAAAUGUCUUUUCGAUUCUGUUUAAAUAUUACUUACUCAAAACAGCACGCCUGAAAUCAUACAAAUCCGUCCAAAAAUCGUAUCAUUCAGUUCAGGUUUUUUUUUUUUUUUUUUUUUUUUUUUUUUUUUUUUUUUUUUUUUUUUUUUUUUUUGUUUGUUAAAUAGUAAUACUCACUUCCCAGAGUCCCAAUUCGGACCUUUUCCUGAUGGCAGUGUACGAAAUCUCUUUAACAGAUAUUUUCAAAAUAAAUGGACAAAGAUUAAUCAAGUAACCCAAAUGCUGUUUAGAAGAUAUUCACUAUAAUAAAGGGUAUGAAAGUAA